CGGAGCAGCGGCGACGGGGCUCGAGACGCGGAGGCCGCGUGCCCUGGAUGCUGCCUGGCACACGGCAAGUGCUCCGGAAGGAUUUGUGAGGUGCAGGAGAUCCCUGGCCUCUGAGGGGAGCAGCGUGGCUCCGGUACGUGGGAACCGUCCCUUCUCCCCUGCCCUCUGCUGCCUCCUCCCCUGUGGAGCUCGAAGCUGGGCACCCUGGGGGCCAUGCAGAAGGCCGGGGCAGGGGGCCGGAGAGCCUCUGACUGCGGCCCAGCCCCUCACCGGCCCAGGUGCAUCACCAAGUUCGCCCAGUAUGUGGGUUCCUUCCCUGUGGACGACCUGGACCCCCAGGAGAGCGUGUGGCUGGUUCAACGACAGCUGUGGGCACUGAAGGAUUGUCCCAGACGCCGGGCUGUCAUCCUGAAAUUCAGCCUUCAGGGCCUCAAGAUCUACAGCGGGGAGGGUGAGGUGCUCCUGAUGGCUCAUGCUCUGAGGCGCGUGCUCUACUCUACCUGGUGCCCAGCUGACUGCCAGUUUGCCUUCGUGGCCCGAAACCCCCAGAGCCCAGCCAGCAAGCUCUUUUGCCACCUCUUUGUAGGCAACCAGCCCGGAGAGGUCCAGAUCCUGCACCUGCUGCUCUGCCGUUCCUUCCAGCUUGCUUACCUCUUGCAGCACCCUGAGGAGCGGGCACAGCCUGAGCCCUGCCUGGCGUCUGCAGGAGACGUGCCCCUGAAGCCACUGUCCAGCCCGGGGGGCCCCCCUGGCCUUGUACGGGAACCCUUCAGCCGGGAUCAGCUUUCACAGAACGUUCAUGCAUUGGUCUCCUUCCGGCGGCUUCCUGCAGAGGGGCCUGUGGGCAGUGGGAAGGAGCUGCCAGAGUCAGAAGGCCGUGGGGGCACCCGCCAUGCCCGCCUGGGGAAUCCCUACUGCUCACCCACACUGGUGCGCAAGAAGGCCAUUCGCAGCAAGGUGAUCCGCUCCGGGGCUUACCGAGGCUGUACCUAUGAGACUCAGCUGCAGCUGUCAGCUCGGGAGGCCUUCCCUGCUGCGUGGGAAGUGUGGCCCCGGGGGCCUGGUGGUCCCUCGUGCCUGGUGGAGAGUGAGGGCAGUCUGACGGAGAACAUCUGGGCCUUUGCUGGCAUCUCCAGGCCCAGUGCCCUGGCCCUGCUGCGGAGAGACGUGCUUGGGGCCUUCCUGCUGUGGCCCGAGCCGGGCGCCAGUGGCCAGUGGUGCCUGUCAGUGCGGACACAGUGCGGCGUGGUGCCCCACCAGGUCUUCCGGAACCACCUGGGCCGCUACUGCGUGGAGCACCUGCCUGCUGAGUUCGCCAGCCUGGAGGCCCUGGUGGAGCACCAUGCCGGGACAGGGCGAAGCUUCUUCUGCUCCCUCAACAUGGGCCGCCUGAACCCUGGCUAUGAGGAGCAGGACCGGGGGUCCGAGGGCAGACCCCCCCGGACACUGCGGCCCCUUGGCCAUGCCAAGUCCGAGGCGGAGCUGCAGGGCCUGGGCUAGGAGGCUGGGCCCCAUGCUCACUGGCCCCGCCUCACCCUGGCUCCUGGGCCUCAGCGGGCCGCCCUGCCCUCUGCCACCCCGCUGGUCACCAGUUCCAUCCAGUCACUCUGCCCCUUGGACCAGUCUUCCGUCACUUCACUGCCUGUGGUGGGGGUGGGGAGCCCUGGCACUGGGGAUUGCCCAUGGCUUCUCGUAGGACGUGACCGCUGAGACUGCAGGAGGGGCGGGUGGAGCUCCAGGCUUCUGUUAACUUGCUAGGUGACUUUGGAUGCUUGUCUCUAGGCUUCACCUUACUCCUCGGAGGGGAGCCUUCUGAGGUGGGCAGGAAGGUGUGCUCACCAGGGACAUGGCCUCCUAAGGCGGCCAGGCCUUGUGGCCCUGACUGGGAGUCUCCCAAGGGCACCUGACUGAGGUUGCCAGCCAUGUAAGGGAGAGGUGUCUGGGGAGGCAGGAGCGAGUCCUCACUGUGGGCAAAGACCUGGGGGCAAGCCACCCUGUCCAUGAGAGAAACAGGACUUGAGGAGCUAGUGGGCAUGGCGUCUGGGCUGAGCUACACCCAAGCUGACAGAGAGAGCAUGCCUGUUUCUCACAUCAUUUGAGAUUAAGGCAGUCUCCCCUUGAGUGUUGAGAAGUGAGGGUUAAGGGGGCAUAGGGUGGCAGAAUGGACGAAGAGCCUUGCCCCCCAAGCCCAGGCGGACACCUGUGUGCAGAAGGGAUGUGAACCAGCAGACAGGGCAAAGAAUUUCUGUGUUGCUUAGAAAGGCUGGUUGGUCUCCACUCAAAACCACAGGGUUGUGAUUCCUGCCUUCUGUGGAGGGAUGCCCCGUCUCACCCCUCCCCAACAACCCCAAGAACCACCAAGACGCGCGCGUGCGCACACACACACACACACACACACACACACACACACACACCGCACACGCUGGCUCGUUUCCUUUGUCCAUUUGACUGGCAGGGGCCAGCAGUGAGCCGCAGGAGUACUGGGGUGACCGGGGCUCUAUUCAACUUAUUCUGGGCCAUUCUGGGUCUAGCGGCUGCCUGGGAAGCCACCUGGUUUUGGUCCACUUCCCAUAACGUGGCGCUGGCUGGCUCUGGUUGUCAGGGGCUACCUCACCAGCCCAAGCCCCCUGGGGCUGGGUCACAGUACAGCCAUCCAAAGGUAGAACUGAUGUGGACCCUGCUGGGGGGGGGGGGGCGUUGGCCUCAGCAGGGAGUGGGAGUACAGAGAAAUGAUUCUGCUCUAAGGCAAUAGCCCUGAAGUGACUGACAGAUCCAGGCGCCCCCCCCCCGCCCCCCUUUAGAAGCAAGCUUGACGGACAGACAUGAAUACCAAAUUAUUUAGGGAGCAAGUUACUUCGUAUGAACUUCUCUAUUCCUGAGGCAGAGGCUUAGUCACGAACGUGGGGGCUGCCCUCCCCCACCUGGGAGUGGGAUGUGACUGUUCAGUGCCUUGAAAAUGACAGAUUUCUGACUCCUGGAAGGGAGAGGGUGGCCCUGACGGAAGAGAAAAAAGGGAGGACCCUCGGAAAGUCGGGCCUGGUGUUCCCAGCUUACAAUCUCCUGCCCAGGAAGUGGUCUUGGCAAAAGGGAUAAAAGGGAUGGGAGGAAGCUGUCCUUUGGGGGUUCUUUUCACUGGCACCACAGCACUGAUUUUAUACCGAAUGUGAGUGGGACUCAUUAUACAGCCAUUUCCACCAGGGACUGCCACCAGAACCCAUGGUCCCCUGGUCUCUAGUGGGAGGCGUGGUCUCACAUUUCACCGGCAAGAAAAGGGGUUUGCUGAUAGGGUGUUCAGGCUUGCAGCACCAGAGGCACAUGUUUAAGAAGACCUGGUGACUGGCCUAGGCUUAGGACCAAGCUUAGCUCUACAAGAGAUGGGUUUUGUUGCACAAAUCAUCCAUGUGGACAAGGUAUCAGGAAUGUUCUCAAAGCACUUUAACAUUCCUUUGCACAGCAUUCAUCACGUGGUAUAAACAGCAAGUUUCUUGACCCAUGUGCGCAGACGCUUCAGUGUCUUAAAUCCUAAGUCAGCUUUCUCUUUGUUCCAACCAGCACCACCUGGGUAGCCAGCUCUCCUUACUGUGUGGACUUGAAACAAAUAAAAUGCAUUUCUUCGGA